GCCCCCGGCACUCCGCCGGCGGCGCCUUUGAUGUUCCGACCCGCCAGCUCCCGGAGCAGCUCUGCCCGGCGCCCUCGCCCCGCGCCCACUGCCCACUCAGGCGGAGUCAGCCCGCGCUCCGCCCGCCGCGCCCCGGGCUCGGAGCUCCCGACUCUGGGCUCGCCGGCUCCGCGUCCCGCAGUCCCCGCGCCCCGGCGGGCGGAGCGCACCAUGCCGCAGCUGGACUCGGGCGGGGGCGGCGGCGACGACCUCGGCGCGCCCGACGAGCUGCUGGCCUUCCAGGACGAAGGCGAGGAGCAGGACAAGAGCCGCGACAGCGCCACGGGCCCCGACGGAGGCGCGGGGGGUCCGGGGCCCGGAGUCCCGGGGCACCGCGAGGCCGAGGCCGGGGCGGAGGCUCUGGGGAUCGAGCACUCUUCGCAGAGACUUUUCGCGGACAAACUUCCAGAGUCCCUGGAGGACGGCCUGAAGGCCCCCGAGUGUGCCAGCGGCAUGUACAAAGAGACGGUCUACUCUGCCUUCAAUCUGCUGAUGCACUACCCACCCACCUCAGGAGCAGGGCAGCAUCCCCAGCCUCAACCCCCGCUGCACAAGGCCAGUCAGCCCCCACACGGUGUCCCCCAACUCUCUCCUCUCUACGAACAUUUCAGCAGUCAACACCCCGCACCUGCACCUGCGGACAUCAGCCAGAAGCAAGUUCACAGGCCACUGCAGACUCCUGACCUCUCUGGAUUCUACUCUCUCACCUCAGGCAGCAUGGGACAGCUCCCCCCCACUGUGAGCUGGCCCAGCCCUCCUCUCUACCCCCUGUCCCCUUCCUGCGGAUAUAGACAGCACUUCCCUGCCCCCACCGCAGCCCCUGGCGCCCCCUACCCCAGGUUCACCCACCCAUCCUUGAUGCUGGGAUCUGGUGUACCUGGUCACCCAGCUGCCAUUCCUCACCCAGCCAUCGUGCCUUCCUCGGGGAAGCAGGAGCUUCAGCCCUACGACCGUGGCCUGAAAACACAGGCAGAAUCCAAGGCAGAGAAGGAGGCCAAGAAGCCAACCAUCAAGAAGCCCCUCAACGCUUUCAUGCUUUACAUGAAGGAGAUGAGAGCCAAGGUCAUCGCAGAGUGCACACUCAAAGAGAGCGCUGCCAUCAACCAGAUCCUGGGCCGCAGGUGGCACGCGCUGUCUCGAGAAGAGCAGGCCAAGUACUAUGAGCUGGCUCGCAAAGAAAGGCAGCUGCACAUGCAGCUGUACCCAGGCUGGUCGGCACGGGAUAACUACGGAAAGAAGAAGAGGCGGUCAAGGGAAAAGCAUCAGGAGUCCACCGCAGGAGGAAAAAGAAAUGCAUUCGGUACUUACCCGGAGAAGGCCGCUGCCCCAGCCCCGUUCCUUCCGAUGACAGUGCUCUAGGCUGCCCCCGGUCCCCUGCUCCCCAGGACUCACCAUCCUAUCUUCUGCUGCCCCACUUUCCCACAGAAGUGCUUGCUAGCCCUGUGGAGCCAGCACCAACGUCCUCAGUUCUCUCUGAAGCUCUCAGUCUCCCAGCCCCUGGACUCCCACAAGCCCCCCACAGCACCCUCCAGAACACACAAGUACAGCAACAGGAAUCUCAGAGACAGGCAGCUUAGCAUGCACAGGACACCUGGCC